AUGGAUCUGAACGAGCUCCCGCCAGAUUUUGAUUAUGAUUUUCUAGAUGAGUCAGAAGCAAAUCCUUCGUAUUGCACUCAGAUAGUUCCUUGUGGAGGGGCAAAGACGGUUCAUGACACUGAACAUGCUGCUGUCAGCAACAAUGAAGGUCCUAAUGGUGAUGGUAUUGGUGCUAUUGGCAACAAUAUAGCUGAAGAUGCACCUACAAUGGAUGUCAGCAACGAUGAAGAUCCUAAUGGUGAUGAUAUAGGUGCUGUUGGCAACAAUAUAACUGAAGAUGCACCUACAAUGGUUGAUAACACCCAAGAUGUGGCUGUUGUGGAGGAUAUUUGGUCCACACUUCCUGUGCCGUACACUGGGCAGACAUUUGGCACUAAGCAGGAGGCAAGAGCGUUUUACAACUCAUAUGCAAGAAGAAUUGGGUUCUCAGUUCGUACAGGCACUUCGCGGCUAUCUGGUCCAGCAAGAGAGCAAAAGAAGGUGCUGUUUGUUUGUAACAAGGAAGGGCAUGGUAGAAAGGGGAAAGAGGAAGUACCACCUGCUGAAUCUGAUGAUAGCAAUUAUGAGAUUGGAGAAUCUGAAACUGAGAAUAACAAUGAGGGAAAGGGUAAUGCAGACAUUGAUAAAAAGAAGCAGCUGGAUAGUGGGAGGAAAAGAAAGAGGGAAAAAAUGUUGCAUACAGAUUGCAAAGCAAGAAUGGUUGUUAAGAUGAUUGGUGAUAGGUGGCAUGUGAUCUAUUUUGCUCCAGAUCACAACCAUGAACUUGUUGUAAAACCUUCCCUGAAGAAGUUCAUGAGAUCUCACAAAGGCAUCUCUAGGGAGAAAAAGGAAUUUAUUGCCUUGUUGCAUGGUUGCAAUUUAAGCACUGGGCGCAUCAUGCAACUUAUGAACGAGUUCUAUGGGUCUGCGCAGCUAGUUCCAUACGAAGGGAAGGAUGUUGGAAACUUUCACUCCACCAUUCGGAGAACAGGAAAGUAUCAGGACAUACAGCAGACGCUGGACUACUUUAAAGAACUAGAGCAAGAAGAUCCUGAGUUUUUCUACAAGAUUAAGCUUGAUGGGUUGGCUGCUGAAGGGUGUGUAUCUAGAGAAACUUAUACUCUUGUCGAUACUCAUAUCAAGGAGAUGCGCUCUGCACUUGAUGAAAUUAAGAGAAGAAAAAGACCAAGUGCACGGAGGGGGCGCGCAACAACUCAGCCCCCUAAAGCGGCUGAUGUUGCUAUUUCUGCAACUGAAAAUGCGACAGGGAUACAACCUACUUCUGUUGUUGCUAGUGAAAACAUUGUUGCAACUACAGGACUUUUGCCAGCUUUACCAUCAGAAGUUGGUGAUGGCGGUGGGUCUCCUAGCAUUCCUACUGCUGUUGCAAUGUCAGACCCUGUCGGCAACCCACCAAGGUCAAAGGUGAAGGGGCGUAAGGAGAAAAGGCUAAAAAAAGGUAUGAAUGAAGAGGCAAAGAAGAACAAGUGUGGGAUCUGCAAGUCCAGUGGUCAUAAUGCAGCGAUGUGCGCGAAGAAAAAUGUGGAAUAG